AUGGAAUGUAUAACUCCCUUUGGAGGCACAAUCGUCGCAGAUUUGUCAUCGGUAUCGUGGAAAGAUGUAUGGUUGAAAAACCACGCACCAAUUGAGAAAUCUCGUCGGGUAAAGGUACGAAAUCGUGAGAACUCAUCCCGUCUGGUGAUCACCGAGUUGGAUGUACUUGAUUCCGGCUACUAUCAAUGUAUUGCGUCAAACUCAGCUGCCUCUGUCAACACUACAACGUUUUCUAUUUCACUUACUCCGCUGAAUUGGUCGAAGAACGUUGCUGGUAGUAGCGUGGUUUCGCAAUUUGCUUUCCUCCAUCAAGAGAAUGACUCAUCUGCUGCCUCAUUAUCCGUUUCCUUUCGAAGCCUCCGAUGCUUUUCAUUCACUUUGUCGUCCCCACGCAUUCGAUUUGUGCCAACUGGUCAGUAUUGA